AUGAAUAAUAAUAAUAAUAAUAAUAAUAAUAAUAAUAAUAGUAAUAAUAAUAAUAAUAAUAAUAAUAAUAAUAAUAUUUAUAAUAGCAAUAAUAAUUAUAGUGGUGGCAACAACCAAUAUAAUAACUAUUAUAAUAAUAAUAAUAAUAAUAAUAUUAAUAAUAAUAAUAAUAAUAAUUCAUAUAAUAAUGAAAAUAAUAAUGAAUUUAUAGAAGAUUUACAGGAUCCAGACUUAGAUGCAUUAACAAAUUUAAUAGUUAACAAUAUACCAAAAUCAAUGGAUUCAAACGAAUUAAAAUCAUUAUUUGACAAAUUUGGGGAAAUAGAAUCAUGUAAAAUUGUUUUCAAUCGUAAAAAAGAUGGCAAUGGCAAUAGCAAUAUCAAUAUCAAUAGCAACAACAGCAAUGGCAGCAAUAGCAACAACAACAACAACAACAGUAAUAAUAAUAGUAGUUUAGGAUAUGGAUUUGUUAAAUUUUCUAAAAAAGAUGAAGCAGCUAUGGCAAUCGAACAAUUGAAUGGUUUUGAAGUCGAUUCUAAACCACUCAAAGUGUCAUAUGCUCAAGCGAGCAGUAGUCAAUCCACUCAUGCAAAUCUCUACAUUAAUAGAUUGGAACCACAUGUAACCAAUGCUAAUUUAAAAGAGGUAUUUGGUAGUUUUGGAGAUGUGAUAGAUACUAAAAUUUUAACUGACCCUGAUACUGGGGCAAGUAGAUGUGUAGGCUUUGUUCAUUUCUCACAAAGAAGAGAGGCUUUAAAAGCUGUAUCUUCAAUGAAUGGUGCUAACAUACCUUUUCAAUCUACUCCCAUUUACGUUAAAUUUGCAAAUCAAUUGAGUGGAAAUAAUAAUGGCAAUAAUAAUAAUAAUAUUAUUAAUAGUAAUAGUAAUAAUAAUAAUAAUAAUAAUAGUAAUAGUAAUUUUAAUAAUAAUAAUGGAAACUUUAAUAACCCUUUCAACUUUAAUGGUAAUAAUAAUAAUAACAAUAAUAAUGGAAAUAAUUACAAUAAUAGUGGUAGUAGUAGUAAUAAUAAUAAUAAUAACAAUAAAAACAGUAAUGGAAACCAUAAUAAUAAUGGCAAUAAUUUUAACAAUAACUAUAAUAGCAAUUAUGGUAAUAUGUAUAAUAACAACAAUAAUAAUGGUAACACUAAUAACAAUUUUAAUAACAAUGGUAAUGGGAAUAACAAUAACAAUAGGAAUAGUUAUAAUGGUUAUGAUAACAAUAACUAUAAUAAUAAUAAUAAUAAUAAUAAUAAUAACUUUAGUGAUGAUUACAAUGGAUACAAUAAUUAUAACGGCAAUAGUAGUAGUAAUGGUAAUAAUAGUAAUAAUAAUAAUAAUAUAAUGUCAUCAUUUCCAAUUCAUAUUUCCAAUUUACCAAAUAAUAUAGAUGAAACCUUUUUAUAUAAGCUAUUUGCUUUUGGUGCAAUUUCAGGUGUUCAAUUAUUAAAUAAUGGUCAAGCUAUUAUCACAUAUUUAGAUUAUCAAACUGUUCAAAAUGCAAUUAAUACCUUAAAUGGUAAAAUCAUUUCCGGUAGAUCAUUAAAGGUUGUUUGUCUUACAAACUCUUCCCCUUCAAAUGAUAAUAAUAUGAUAUAUGGUAAUGGUAAUGGUAAUGGCAAUGGCACCAAUGGCAAUAAUAUGUACUAUUGA